AUUCGUCUUGUCGCCCAUUGACCACCUUACCUUGCUUGUAUCACUGCAACUCUUUCUUCUUGACUGAUCUUGUGCUAUUCCGCUGUCGCGCUGUCCUGCUGGCCCUCCGUCGCCCGCCCUCCACCGCCCUCGUCACCCGCCGCGCCCAGCUGCAGCCGCUCAGGCUCCAGAUCAGGCCGUCGCAACAUACUUCCCUCCUCUUGCCUCCGGCACGCAACUGCUGCCCUGUUCUGCAGCGCUCUGCUAUUCUUCUCCCGGCUGGUGGCCGCCCCAUCGAGACGUGGCCGCCCUGCUCUAGCCAUCCCAUCAUCUGUCUGUCCCCCCGACUGUCGAUCUGGCCCUUCGCCCCGAAUCGCCGCUGCCCGUCUGCCAACAUGUCGGCGCCGGCUUCAUCCCACCCGCGUCGUCGUCCCGCGAGACAAUGCGAUCCCGCAGAGACUCUACUCGACUCAUUCCAGAAUUUGUCCAUUCGCAAAGGUGACACAUACCACCCUACGAGCAAUACCAGCAAGAGCAGCUUCUGGGACCCGCUGGAGUCGAGACUGGCAACCCCCGCCAUGCCCAUGCGUUCGUCCACCUCUCCACAAUCUCUCGAGGACCUCUUACUGGGCGCUGGCGAGCGUCGUCUCACCCAGCUGCUGGGCCGUGUUGACAAGGCUGUCGCUGCCAAGUCCAAGAUUGCUUUGGGCAAUGCGCUGAGCGAGUCGGAGGUCCUGCCCGUGCCGACUUUCGUGGUGGACCAGGCUCCAGAGCAAGAGCGAGCGCCGAAGACUCGGACACGACACCAUAGCCAUUCUUCCGAUAGUGGUAUCGGCUCCUCUAUUGCGGACUCGACGGAGUCGAUCUCCACUGCAAAGAUCUCGUCUCGCCCCACUACCGAUGCUCCCUCCUCUCCCGACUCGCCCUCAUUCUCUAGCAUCUCUGAGGCUGCAGACGAAGAGCGCUGCUUGAGCAAGUACGCCGCCGAGCAGAUCCAUAAACACAUAGUGCAGCCCAUUCUCCGAGAGGACGCUCUCUCGGACUUCCACGAUCUCAUCAAGACUGUGCCCACCAGCAUUGACGACAAGGACAUCAGGACCUUGCGCGACCUGGAGAAGAGGCUCAUAUUUCUGGCGCCGGAACAUUCACUCUCUCCUUCAAAAUACCUACGAUUUUGCGAGCGAACGAUUCGCGUGCUACACACCACCGUAACGACACUUCACGAGUCUGAUCAGCGGGCACGCAACGAGCGACCCUACACGCAAGGCUAUUUCUUGGAUUUGGUUGAGCAGAUCCGACGAUACGCCAGUAUUUUAGCCGCCACUCGAGAACAGCAGGCAAAGGGCGACAAGCCUGAAUCUAUGGACUCCACCAAGGAUCCUAUUGUCUCACUCCACGGCGGGCUGAGUCACAACGGCAAGCCAGCUGAGCUUGUACAUACUACCCCCGAAGGCAAGCUUAUAUCUUUGGCAAGUGGCGAAGCGAUCUCCGACGAAGAUUUGGAGUCUGCAGCCAUGAAGCGGCCAGCUCUCGACGUUCACGAGGACGAUGCCACGCGAUCUAUGGCUCGAAGAAAGAAAAACGCGAAGCCAGAGAUUCACACCUGCGAACUUUGCACUAAGCAGUUCAAGCGUCCAUGCGACCUCACCAAGCACGUCAAAACUCACGAGCGGCCGUGGAAGUGCUCUGAGGUAGACUGCAAAUACCACGAGUUUGGCUGGCCGACUGAAAAGGAACGUGAGCGUCACAUGAACGACAAGCAUUCGUCCGCCCCUUCGCUCUACCACUGCAUGUUCAAGCCCUGCCCAUACACUUCCAAAAGAGAGUCGAAUUGCAAGCAGCACAUGGAGAAGGCUCAUGGAUGGGAUUACGUGCGUUCGAAGAGCAACGGCAAGGGCAAAGUACAGAAUGUCGUCCGGCUUCCACACGGCUCUGUGCCGCCGUCCCCAUCAUCCACGAUGCUCACGCCACUCACGCCGAUUGCGCCAUCCCCGUCAACCCUCUCCUAUGGCGAGUCAUCACGGCGCUCGUCCAUGGCGCCUCCGCCACUUGCAGGACCAAGCACUUCCAACACCAUAUCGUACGGGAAUACUCCCGCUGCCGAUUUCCUGGGGCAUUUCAAUAUGGACCACACAGGCAAUUUCGACUUCAAUGACAUGACGAACUUCCGGACGUCAGCAUUCCCCAUCACGCCAGCACUGAGCGACGACCUAGGCACUUCGGCGAGCGUAUCAACCCACUCUGGAGCCCACUACCCGAACAGCAUAUUCGGAGACCUCUCGCCCAACCAAUUCACGUUCGAUAAUAAUGAUUUCGCCUUUCCAGCGAAUUGGCACCCCGUCCAGACUCCAGAUUCGAGCAUCGCUGGUCCUGGCUCGUCGGCAACGCACAUUUCACCUGCUGCUCACAUGGAGCAAUCGUUCAACGAAGACGCUGUGAUGGAGGACACCUAUGGUGAUUUCUCCAACGGCCCAGCCCGGGACUUUACACUUUUCGGCAGCAAUGUCCCUGCAGAAACAAGUGGUGACAUGUUUCCGAGCGUGAGCAGCUGGGGCAACGUGGACCACAUGGGAAUGAACUUCGCGACACCACCUUCCCUUCCAAAUGGCAACACCAACGCAGCUCUUGCGGAGCUGUUCCCGGAGCUGUCAGAAGGCUCGAGCAAGACGAGCUUUGAAGCAGUCGAGCUCUGAGACUAGGAACUUGAGCUCUAGCCAUUCGACAACGACUCGCUCGAAUGGUUCACACGGAGGCAUGACGUUAUGUGACAUGAUGACAGACCGGUAGUAGGUGGUAGGACAUCUCCCGAGGAAGGGUUGGAGUUUCGAUGGUGGAUAGUGACACGACUCUUUCACGUUCCAAUUGAGUCUGGCUGAGGCCUAUGCAUUAGCCACCAUGCGCAUGGCGCUUUUCCAGUAGGAAUAAUUGAUCACCGUCAAAAAGAUUAUGGUCUGCUCUGUUUCCUCAUUGAUAUCGGCCAUUUCACCUGAAGCUGAAAUGAUCUACAGUGCCUGUCAGUUUCAUCCAGUUUCUACCUAGUGUAGCAGCGCUUCAAUAAUGCUCAGCGACGUUGUAGCUGGGUAAGCUAUGUAUCUUUAGCCUGGGAAAUCAUGCGUGUUGCUCGGUACAUGAAAAGCCAUCCCGGUGGUGUUGUCAUGGAUGUCAAACGUUCCCGUACCCAUACUGCGUCGUGUCUGCAGAUACUCCAGCUCAAUUUGCUGGCAAAUGCAGAGCAAGAUGGUCAUGAUCAGGCACGCGCACUCCCACCACCACCACCACUACUACUACUGUUAUAUAUGCCCUUAUUCCGAUAUGUCUGCCAGUCAACGUCCCGUGGAAGUUUCGGAAGAGUACACCAGACUACACACCAAAGGGGCGGGCCAGUACUGCUGAGGUACAGGUGGUAAGUCUAGUCCAAGACUUUGGUCUCGUCGUGGUAAGCGGUAUUUCCGAGGCACCAGUUGUGCGCAGCUCUUACUGUUCUCUCUGCUCCGGACGGAGAGCCUCAACUUCUCAGAUCAGCAGGGGUGAAGCGUGGUAGGAGGGCCACAUUCCAGCCCUGAAAAGUUCUGGCACUAUCCGGCAAAAUUGCUGCGCUCAUGACAAGUUUCGCUCGGAGUUCCUGUGUCUCGCCUGCAGGAAGCUCCAGUUCGCCUUCUGCGAGCGUAUUUCUGUUGAGUGCACCGGAGUCCUGGAAUGACAUUUCACAGUCCUGCCAGAACACCUUCACAGCACGCAUGGGUUCUGGAGAAGUCAUUGCCGAGCUCGAUACCGUCAUGUCUGGCGUGAAGACCCACAAUCGAAGCGACCGUGUGCCAUUGCGAC